AAGACUCGCUUGACUUUCUAUGUUUCUCCCCAAACCCAGAAAAACAAAAAUGAGGAAUUUCUUUUCCUUCUCCACCCUCUCUAUUCUUACACUUGUUAUUAUGAUCUUUCUUGCUCCUGUCACUGCUCUGCCUCUAUCCACCAACUCCCGAUGGAUCGUCGACGACAGUGGGCAGCGAGUGAAGCUGGCUUGCGUGAACUGGGUUUCACACCUUGAAGUCAUGGUGGCAGAGGGACUUAGUAAGCAGCCUGUGGAUGUGAUAUCCAACCAAAUUGUGUCGAUGGGAUUCAAUUGUGUUAGGCUCACUUGGCCUCUUUUUUUGGUCACAAAUGACACCUUGGGUUCAAUGACUGUGAGGCAGUCUUUUCAAAACCUUGGCCUGACUGAAUCAAUUGCUGGUGUCAAAGCCAACAACCCAUCUUUCAUUGAUCUUUCACUCAUUCAGGCCUACCAGGCAGUGGUGUCAAGUCUUGGUGAGAACAAUGUGAUGGUGAUACUGGACAAUCACAUAAGCAAGCCAGGGUGGUGUUGCAGCAACAAUGAUGGCAAUGGUUUCUUCGGUGACCAGUACUUCAAGCCGGAACUCUGGAUCAAUGGCUUGACUCGGAUGGCCACUAUGUUCAAUGGAGUGUCUAAUGUGGUUGGCAUGAGCUUAAGGAAUGAACUCAGAGGCUCCAAACAGGAUGUCAAUGACUGGUACAGGUAUAUGCAGAGAGGAGCUGAAGCAGUACACUCAGCAAACCCAGAUGUGCUUGUCAUUCUAUCCGGUCUGAAUUACGACAAGGACUUGUCGUUCAUCCGAAAUCGACCAGUGAACCUUACCUUCACUGGAAAGUUGGUGUUUGAGAUGCAUUGGUAUGGAUUUACAGAUGGAAAGGCAUGGGAGACGGGGAAUCCGAACCAAGUGUGCGGGAGAGUGGCGGAUAAUAUGAUGAGGUUAUCAGGAUUUCUGGUGCAGCAGGGGUGGCCAUUGUUUGUGAGUGAAUUUGGAUUGGAUCAAAGAGGGAUCAAUGUCAAUGACAACAGGUAUAUAAAUUGCUUCCUUGGUGUGGCUGCUGAACUUGACUUAGACUGGGCUUUGUGGACACUGGUUGGGAGUUACUAUUUGAGGCAAGGUGUGUUUGGACUGGAUGAAUCUUAUGGGAUCUUAAGCUGGAAUUGGUGUGAAACUCGCAAUUCAAGCUUCCUACAGAGAAUAUCUGCUAUGCAGACUCCAUUUCAAGGGCCUGUUGUAUCCGAGUCUGAAUUACACAAAGUGAUUUUUCAUCCACUUACGGGUCUGUGUGUCCAGAGGAACUCAUUUCUUGAACCACUGAAGUUGGGUCCUUGUAGUGAAUCUGAGGCAUGGACUUACUCUACCCAGAAGAUCUUAUCAGUAAAAGGAACAUAUUCUUGCCUACAAGCAGACGAUUGCGACAAGCCGGCGAAAAUGGGGUUAAUUUGCAGCGGCUCUAGUUCGAGAUGGGAAUUAUCUGACUCCGGAAUGCACCUCUCAUCAAUGAUCAGCAAUGGAACCACUGUCUGCCUGGAUACAGACUCUAAUAACAAUAUUGUUACCAGCCCUUGCAAAUGCCUUAGUAGAGACAACAUGUGUGACCCUGGCAGCCAGUGGUUUAAACUAGUUGACAGCACAAGAGGUUCAACACAAACCAAAGCAAUCCUGCGUCUACCCGGAAACCCGAAAACCAGAAAAGAUUUCUUACUAGAUCUUUUGAGCUGGGUAUAAGAACAAAAAAACAACAACAAUGAAGCGAAGAAAUUCAGAAGAACAUGAUUUCCAUCUGUCCAUACUGUAAGAAGAAAGAUUGAAAACCA